AUGGAAGGCGGUUACAGAGGCGAGAAUCCUGACAUUCUCCCCCCCCCCAAGGGGCGCACCACCACUAGCAGCGGGCGAAACCAUCACCCGCAGCCUUGCCCGCCUAUUCCUGUUACCCACCCCACCCCCGCUGUCGACGAUGGUCUCGCCCCGGGUCAAACCACUCCUCCGGUUCCGGGCGGGGGACGCCGGGGCCCGGGCGCAGCCAUCCUGGAGCUGAGCUUUCGGUCCGGGCGCCCUGCCCGUGCCCGGCAGCCGCUCCAGAAACCGAGCCCUCCCGGGUCCGCCCUCACCUGUCACGCCGCUACAGCCACCGCCGCCUCCAUCUUGGGCCUGUCUUCUUGUUUCCUCACAGAGUCCGCCUUCGCCGUCUCUCGGACUCUCGUUAUUGGCUCUGCGGUACUCAUCCUUCCACUCUUAUUGGAUCAAGGUCACGUCUGUCAAGGCAAGACCAACGGAAUCCGCCGACCUCGCCGGCCCCUGCUGCGGCCUGGAGAGCGCCAUCUCUGGGACCCCAUCCCACCGCCGCCCUCUCAGCGGUUCAUUUCCGGGGAGAUGACCAUGCGUGCACAUUUCUCUGAGGCCGGGAACACAGGUUUGACUCAGGGCCCUCAACCACCAGCUCCUCUCUGCCAACCCAGGGAGCCUCGAUUCGCUCCAGGUCCCCCAACAGGCAGCGAGAUCUGCCAAUGGCAGUGCAGUGGAAGGCGGGCCUUGGGAUACCCCAGGCAUUGAUAGGCUCUACUUCACCACGGAGCCACUGACAGACCAAUAGCUAUGAACAGGGGGUGGCCAAUGGGAGGUGUGUGGGCCUGAGACCGGCUACAAACCAGGAACUUAAUGUUGCUUUUAAAUUAGUGAUGAGGCAACAGUAAUUGUUCUAUCGAAAUCCUUAAUAAAAGUAGAAUGUGGAAGUUUCCACUUCUGUACAUUCCUGGAAGGGAUUUUUAAUAUACAACCCUGGAGGGGAGAGGUGUAGGAAAUUUACAACUAAGUGAAUUUAACCAUGACUUUUUAACUGUUCUUAUUAAAAAGUCUUUCUUAGCAAAAUUCAUUGAGUAGUAAUUUCAAUGUGCUAUCCCUAUGAAAAACACACCAUUUAACCGACAGAGUUCUUUUUUUGGAGAGACUCCGU